CACUGUGUUCCUCCCCCUCCCCUCCAGAAACGCAUUAAUUAAGCAGGGAGCGCUCCUGGUUGGCCGGCUCCUGUCUCCCUCUCCCCGGCUCAGCGGCUCCAUUGGUCCGCCGCUCUCUUGAAUGAAGCGCCGCAGAAACGUGCAGCAGGCAGGAGGAAGCUGCCGGAGCGCCGCAGGCAGGGAGGGACACAAGCUCAGCAACACGACCGCCGGGCUGGCUGCGGUGGUGGUGGUCGGACACCGGUUAUCUGUCGACCAUAGGCGGCUGGCUCUCUCCCGGAGCUCGGUGUCGGAGAGUGAAUGAGGUUGAUGCUGCUCUGCUGCACCUGGAAGGACGAACGCAUGGGAGAGGAGGAAGCUGGAGGAAGUUUGCCCGUCUGUGCGGGAUGCAAACAGAGGAUCUACGAUGAGCAGUACCUCCAGGCCCUCAACACUGACUGGCACACCGUCUGCUUCAGGUGUUGUGAGUGCAGCGCCUCACUGUCCCACUGGUAUUAUGAAAAAGAUGGACGGCUGUUCUGCAAGAAGGACUACUGGGCCAAAUUCGGGGAGUUGUGCCAUGGCUGCAACGACCCGAUCACCACCGGCCUCAUCAUGGUUGCAGGAGAACAGAAAUAUCACCCAGAAUGCUUCACCUGUCUGAACUGCAGGGCGUUCAUCGGUGAUGGAGACACAUACGCUCUGGUGGAGAGAUCCAAACUCUACUGCGGUCACUGUUACUACCAGACCAUCGUCACCCCGGUGUCCCUGCCGGACUCGCCAUGCUCACGGAUCCCUCACACCGUCACACUCGUGUCCAUCCCAGCCUCCGCAGAGGGCAAUAACGGGCGCAGAGGGCGGGGCUUCUCUGUGGCCAUUGACCAGCCGCUCAGCCCAACCAACGGCUACAGCCCUGAUCACGGACACACUGUCAGAGUCUCCCAGGUGGACGCAGACUGCAUCAGUCCAGAUGUGAAAAACUCCAUUCAUGUUGGAGAUAGGAUCCUCGAAAUCAAUGGGACGCCCAUUCACAAUGUCCCACUGGAUGAGAUCGACCUGCUGAUCCAGGAGACCAGCCGGCUGCUGCAGCUCACCAUCGAACACGACCCUCACAGUCUGGGCCAGGAGGGAGGCUCCUCAGAGGCUGAAGAGCAAAGGGACGGUCCCCUGUCCACCCCUCUGUCAGAGGGCCCCAGCCCCAUCCUGCCCAUCACGCAACCCCCCAAUCCUGACAUCAACAGCCUAAGAUCCCGCAUCAUCACGAGGAGCUACAGUAUUGAUAAGUCACCAGGCUCCAGCAACGCAGCGUCCCCCAUCUCCCAGAGGAAGGACAUCAAUCGAUCAGAGUCGCUCCGUGUUGUGUCCAACCGGACGCACCGCAUCUUCCGCCCAUCUGACCUCAUCCAUGGAGAGGUGCUAGGAAAGGGCUGCUUUGGCCAAGCCAUCAAGGUGACACACAAAGAGACAGGGGAGGUGAUGGUGAUGAAGGAGUUGAUUCGCUUUGAUGACGAGACACAGAGAACAUUCCUGAAAGAGGUGAAGGUGAUGCGUUGCCUGGAUCACCCCAACGUGCUGAAGUUCAUCGGAGUCCUCUACAAGGACAAGAGACUCAACUUCAUCGCAGAGUACAUAAAGGGAGGCACCUUGAGAGAAAUCAUCAAGAAAAUGGACAGCAACUAUCCCUGGAACCAGCGGGUCAGUUUUGCCAAGGACAUAGCUGCUGGGAUGACGUAUCUGCAUUCCAUGAACAUAAUCCACCGUGACCUGAACUCACACAACUGUCUAGUCCGGGAGAAUAACACGGUGGUGGUGGCAGACUUCGGGCUCGCUCGGCUCAUGGUGGACGAUAAGCACGAGGAGAGGUUGUCACAGGGUAAACUGCCCGGCCUGAAGAAGCCUGACCGCAGGAAGAGGUACACUGUGGUGGGAAACCCCUACUGGAUGGCUCCUGAGAUGAUCCAUGGCAAGAGCUACGAUGAGAGAGUAGACAUCUUUUCCUUUGGUAUCAUGCUCUGCGAGGUCAUUGGCAGGGUGAACGCAGACCCAGACUACCUCCCCAGGGCGAUGGACUUCGGACUGAAUGUGUCCGGCUUCCUUGAGCACUUCUGUCCCCCUGAUUGUCCCCCUGCCUUCUUCCCCAUGGCUGCUGUGUGCUGUGACCUUGAUGCAGACAAACGGCCUGCUUUCUCCAAACUGGAGGAGUGGCUUGAGAACCUGAAGAUGCACUUGGACAUUGGUCUACCACUGGUGUCUGAAGUGGACCAAAUGCACAAGGCCUUCUGGGAGAACCACAGAGUCACGCGCCCUGAAAACGGCCUGCACACCCACCCCGAGCAGCCGGAGUAAGGCUCAACACGACUGGAGGAGUGUGAAGUUAGAGAUGACCCGACACGGGCAGCGAUCGCCUGCCUCGUGGGCGUUGCAGUGGCUGGAGGAGUCGUGUUAAUUCUCCUCCGUGUUUGAAGCUGCGGGCGGAGGCUGGCUGAGGCUUAUUGAGUAGACUCAGGGGGAAAACAUGGAUCUGAAAAGCCACAUGUGCGAGACGCACACACAAAAACACAUUCAAAGUCAAAUCAAGAGACAUUAACUACGAUAUUGUGAUUCUGCUGCUCCCGGAGCUGAAGUGGAACAUCAUAUGCAAUCAGACCCAACUUUCAAAUCAUGACUCAGCUCUUGAAUCAUGUCGAUUUAACGUUAGUGGUCAGGCCAUUCAAGAAUACUUACUGUACUUACUGUAGUGUGUAUAUUCAUGUGGAUAAUGUAGUCCAAAAAACAAAGCUUGAGGCAACCCUUCAGCCUCCUCACGUUGGGCCUCUACAGAGCACAUUGUGCAGUUUGUGUUUGCAGGUGUUUCUGUGAGAGUUUGGUUUGAUUUUGCUUUUGGUUUGAUUAUUGAAACUAAACUUAUGAAAAAUGCAAAGGAGAGAGGGGCCCGCAUGUUGCUUAAAGGGGAACUUCUGUAUUUUUCAAACCUGAUCCUAUUUUUCCAUGCUUUUCUUUUUAAGUGACUAAUGGGGACAACAGCUUUUGACAUUGCUUUGGUAUUGAGCGAGAGCGCUUUAAUGGGACAGUCUGACAAUGUUAUGGAAAGAUGGAGAAGUUAUCUUCAUCCUGCCAUACUUAUGUCUGUACUGAGGCCAGGUCAACUUUAGCUAAUAACAUUAUCCUUCCUCUGAUCUGUCUGCAGCACGUCUCUAAACUCUUGGAUCAGCAUUUUUCUUUAGGAAAAUGUGCUUUGGUGCAGGAUUUCUUUCUUCUCUUGGCUGACAGUAGUCAUUCUAAUCAAAAUAGUCACUGCAGCCCCGACUGUCUGCAUGGUGGUGCAGUGUACCAACCAUUAUAGAUACAUUUAUAGCCACAACUUUAGCCUGUCUCUAUCCAAAAAACAUCUAUGAAGCUGCCGAAAGUGUGUUUGUUAGCACAGGUUGCUGCUUUCUGUACUCAAACACAACAAACUCUUCAUGGCCUCUCUCUCUUCCUCUCUCUUCUCCUCUCGCUCACAUUUCCACUGUUGUCAUCCAGCAACAGGUCAGCUCUUGUGAGAUUGUAGAACAAGAUUUUCAAUAAUGUUGUCAGAAAACAAUCUGAGCCUGUCAGUGGCAAAAACAAACACUUUUAGAGGCUGUAUAUUGCCAUGUGCAAUUACACUGCACCCUUUUUCCGCAGCUCUCUCUCUCAAUAGGGAACCAAUCUCAAAAACUGCUGUCCCCAUUAUUCACUUGGACUGAAAAAAAUGCUGAGGUUCCCUUUUAAGACACAAUGGUUGAGAUCAACUUGCUUUCCACUUGUACAAGUCAAACAAACCCUUUCAAGCUUUAAAUAGUUCACUGAAGAGCGCAUGAGUGUAAAUAAUGCUGUCAGGUCAGAUCCUGGUUCAUCGUGUCCUCAUUAGUACUAAACUACGAGCUCUGUGUGUGUGUGUGUGUGUGUGUGGCCCCUCUCCCGCAUUUAUGGUGUAGCACAUUGAGGUACACAUUUUUUGCAUAAAUCUGGUACGAUGUCUCCCGGUUUUAAGAGCUGUUAGCGUAUCUCAUUCAUAUCGAUGUGGCAUCUUCUACAUUCAAACACACACCAGUGUACAUAGCUGGCGACAUUGUAAAUGUUUUAAAUAUUGUAAAUGUACAGACAUAUUUUAUAUACGUACGCUACAUUGCCAUAUUUUUAUUGGCCGACCAGUUGAAAUUAAGGAGAGUUAAAGUUUGACGGCAGUCAAUAGGGCACAGCUGAAAGUUUUGUUGUUUUUGUUUUUUACAUUUUCACCACUGUGGCAGGUUUGGGGGCUUCUGACAUUGAGAUAAGAGGAGUCUUAUUACGGCAAAAUAUCUCCUACCGUCAGUUCAAGCUCAGUAAAUGUUCCAUUCUGUCGUUUCCCGUCAUCCAAAAACACGUUUCUCAACAUUUUAUUGGCCUUGUUGGAGUUUUCAUGUGCUGGAGUAAACUUAAUUGUAAUACUGGAUUGUCUAAAUACAUCAAACUUAAUCUACAUAUUAUGAUCAACUCUAAUUAUAAGUGAUUUGAGAGUUUUGAGGGCAAUCAGUCUGCUGUUAAUUAUUCACUCUGGUCUCCUGUACUGUACUGUACUGUACUGUACUGUACUGUAGUUCAGGUGUGGGGAUAAUAUCACCAGGUACUGCCUCAUCAUGUCAGCUAUCUGUCCACACGUGUCUCUCCUCCUGUGGAUGACCCACUGUUUGUUUACAUGUAAAUACUAUCUGUAAAUAUCACUGUAUAUAUACGUCUGUCUUGCAUCUGUCUGCGUGCAUUGCAUAAAUAUGCGCACUCCUCAGAAAUAAUCUCUUCCACUGUCAGAUUUCUCUCUUGCACCUUCUAACAAUCAAUUUUCUGUCCCUAAUCUAUUUUUUUUUCUGUUUGUUUGUUGUUUGUUUUUUCAAUUUUCCUGCUGUUGUUUUCACGAGCUGCAUGAUGUACUAGCUAGGUCUGCUCAGCUUCUAAACUGUGCUAUAUUUUGUCUCUAAAUGAUGUAAUUUUAAAUAAGAAAACAAAGAAUGAAAGACAAAAAAAGUCAGCAGAGAAAGUCAAGCGAAAAAGGAAAUGAGAAAAAAAAACAUAGCAUCUGUUGCUUUUUAUAUAUAUAAAACCACUGAAAUCUUUUUGUAUAGAUUUGAGUACUUUAAGUUGCACUAUAUUACCAAACGGCUGUUUGAAGCCAUGUUUGUUAAUUUCCUCUCUUGGGCUACUUGUGAUAAGGAAAUAAAUUAUGUCGGUUCAGGUUGAUAAAUGAAUGCAAGACACUGAUAGAGCCUUUCAACUGUAAAAAUGGGAUCUGGGAAAUUCUUCCUCUUGAUAGCAAACAGUUUCUGAUCAUUUAGAUGCAUUUUUGUGCAUGGUUCAACUUUUAAAUACAGUUUUGGCCAGAGCCUGAUGGAUCCUUUUAUAGAAAAAAGGAUUAUAUUUUACUUUUUAAGCUUUGGCAGAGGUCUUUGCUACCAAGAGGAUGAGGUGUCCCAGCUCUGCCUGCUGCCUACAGACUGGUCCUUUGUGAAUGAUGUCCUGUGUUGUUCCUGACUGCUUGUGAUGCCCACAGAGGCUGCACCCACUGCUAGUCUUUCUGAUAAUAGAGCACUUAAACUAGCCUGUCUCACCUCCUCAUCGCACUCUUUUGGCUCAGGGCCGUAACUUUUUCUGGAGCUUUCUUCACAAUUCAGUUAAUUCAGCAACUUGAUAUGAAAGCAGCUUUCAACAGUUGCCAGUGAGACUCAACAAGCAUGUAACCUGCUGUCCAUGUGUAGGCUGAUAACACAAAAUACACUUAACUGUAAAAACUAGACCCUCCUGGUUGGUGUGUUCGUCCGAGGGCAUGUAGUGUACAUGAGCGGCUUUGCCAUGUUUCUGUCUCCAUUCCUGUCUGAGCCAUGUCAGGUGUGUCUGUGAGGACGUGUUGAGGAUCAAUGAGAAUGUCGCCGCAGCACUUCUUUGCAAAGGAUCGUUACCUCUGAACAAUGCUGUGCCUUUGUUGUAAGCUAGCCUUGCCAACGACUCGAAAACAUGAACUGAUUUCCUUUUUUUUUUUAAUGUAUCAUAACUGCAAGUCUGAUUCAAGUGGAUUGAAUAUCAUUGCUGAUACUGUGUUGUAUGAGAUUUCAUCUUGUUCUGUAUCAUAUUUAUAUUUUCCAGAUUUCCAUUGUUAGUUUUGAUAUUUUAAUAUUUCUUUUUUUUUGUCUUAUUUAAUUUUUUUACACAA